AUGGCAGUCAAAUGGACUGGUGGACAUUCAUCCUCUAUAUUGUGCUUGAAUGUAAACACGGAAGGGCUGGUGGCUUCAGGCGCAGAGAGAGGCGAGCUCACGCUCUGGGAUGGGGGAGGCACUCUGGCAGGACAGCUCCAGCUUCCGAAGACAGACGACGUGACCUCCGUGGUGUUUUCUCCUUGCUGUCCCACCAGACUGUACACGUCCCAUGGAGAAACUAUCAGUUUGCUGGAUGUCCGAUCCCUCAAGGAGCCCAUCGAACGCUUCCAUGUGAAUGAGGAGGAGAUCAACUGCCUCUCGGUGAACGAGACUGACAAUUUCUUGGCUGCGGCAGAUGACUCAGGGACAAUAAAGGUUAUGGACCUGGAAAACAAGAAAGUCAGUCGGUCCUUGAGACACUCAAACAUCUGCUCCUCUGUUGUUUUUCGACCUCAGAGGCCUCAAAGCCUUGUUUCCUGUGGACUGGACAUGCAGGUUAUGCUGUGGAACCUGCAGAAAGCUCACCCCUUGUGGACCACAAACCUGCAGGAGUGUGAAACGGAGGAAGAUGGUCCACAGUCACCCGGCCAGUUCUUUAACCCGCCCCUUGCACAUUCCCUGUCUGUUGCGUCGUGUGGCAACAUCUUUGGCUGUGGAGCUCAGGAUGGUAAAGUCAGAAUAUUCAGAGUCACCGGUGCCAAGUUUGAACGCGAGCUGGAGUUUCGGGGCCAUAGCUUGGGAGUAUCGCAGGUCCUCUUUAUGCCAGAAGCGUACUGGUUGUUGACUGGAGGAAAUGACGGGAAAGUCUUGCUCUGGGAUGUCAGCAGUGAUGUUGGAAAGCAGCAGAAAAGUCCAGCAAAAUCUCUGCAGAAAAGGAAGGCCCAUGCACCUGCUUCCACCAGAAAAGAUGGAAAGCUCAACAAAGCGGCUUCAAAUGAACAUGCUAGAGUUUUGCCAAAGCUAACCAUCGAGCACGGGGAGAAGGUGAACUGGAUCUCGUGCGCAGAGAUCAAAGGCUCCAAGAGAGUCUUAGUUGCUGAUCAGAGCAGUUCUGUAUCUGUGUAUCCAUUGCCAGAACCUUAG